AUGCCCGAGGAUAAGGCCCUUUCCAAGUCAGAGGCAAGGGAGGAUGGCAGCAGCCCAAAUGAGUCCGAGUCAUCAGAAGAAGAAAUCUGCGAUCAGGCCCCGCUGCCUUCACAAAAUGAUCAGACCUGUCAAAUGAAAAUGAACGCAUCGCGCAAGAAAUCUUUGCUCGAAUUUAGGUGCAGAGUUGAAGAUGCAAUUCUUGGCAAUUGCAUUUUUGGGGCCAAAGGAAAUGCUAGAACCAAAGAGAAGUCGAAUAAGGACAUUACCUUAUGGGGCGUUCCCUUGUUACCUAGUAAAGGUCACGAGGCCACGGACAUUGUCAUAAUGAAAUUCUUGAAAGCUAAAGAUUACAAGGUCUCUGACGCAUUUGCCAUGCUUUGCAAGAUGAUGAAAUGGAGAAGGGAUUUUAAAGUGGAUGGAAUUCUUGAAGAAAACCUGUGUCCUAAGCUGCAAAAUAUGUGGCGAAUAGAAGGUGUGGACAAGGAAGGCCGCCCCAUAUGUUACCUAACUUCCAAGGAUUUUUCCGACAGGAAAAUGAACAAGAAACUUUUGAGGGCAGAUGGGAAAUUAGAGGAGUUGCUUAGGUGGAGGAUUCAGUAUUACAGAUCUUAA